AUGUUGGCGUUACGAAAGCACAAGAACGGCUGUCGGCAGUGCCUAAGUCCACCAUUCGGAAUGGAUACCGCCUCAUGUGCCCUUGACGAGUUUGCAUUUAUUGAUGCAGAUGAAGCAAAAACAACACUAACUGUUAAUGAACCCCCUCAUGAAAGCAAUGCUAACACGAGCAAUAAUAAUAAUAAUAAUGAUUCGCCGUUGUUGUUAUUGGAAGAAGAUGGUGUUGCCACUAAAGGAACUGAUUCUGGAUUGGGUUCUGAAGGAUCCAAUCAGUCUUGUACAACCAGUCCUGCCAGGUCGUCAGUUCAGCUCGAAGACGACGAAGGCUUUGAACCGGACAGUAAACGCCAUAAUUUCCAGUCGAUCUCUAAAAUUCGUAUCACACUUAACGGUGAAAUUGUGAAUUCGAAAAAGAAAGAAAAACAUGACGAGAAUGAACCACAGUGUAGGAGUCGAUUGAGCUCAGGAACACAUUCCGCCUCGCCAACUUCGACCUCGAUGUUCUCUUCGGAUGCUGAUAGUCCUUCGCAAAAAGCGUCGUUGCCAAGCACCUCCGAUACGUCUUCUGGUGUAUAUAAUAGUUCUCAUCACUAUGAUAAUUUUGUUUCAUCCACGCAGAGUCAACACUUUACAGCAUCUUACUCAUAUAUGAACGGCAAUGCUACGGAACGAUCCACAAAUCUGCCGUUGGAGGUUUGGGAUUCUGGAGAUUUUGAUGAGGUGGUUGAUUGCAUGGAAUCGACGUCGAAUCUUGUUUGUGCGCUCUCCAGGCGGAAUAUCCAUUUGAGACGAAUUAUGAAACCGACAUCCACCGCAUUGACGUCGUCAUCGGCAAUUGCUGAGCUGAGCAAUCCAAUGAAGUUAUCUCUGCAAACACUUUACGACGAUGUAUCCUGCUACCAAGCGCUUGAUCUAGCGAAAUCUUCCAUAAUGAGGUAG